CUGGGAUAGGGAGAGAUUGAAUAUGUCCUUAGACAUUCCAGCCAGCUGGUCUGCACCAGCUCUGAGGACCCGGCUUGGAAUGCCAUCUGGGCCGGCAGCCUUGCGAGGGUUAACACACUUAAAUGUCUUACUCACAUUGGCCACAGAGAACGAGAGCUCACAGUCCUCGUGAACAGCAGUGGCCCAUGUCUCCAGCUCAGUGUUUUCCUCGAAGCGGGCGAAGAAGGUGUUCGCAACUUGGCUGGCUUUCCCUUUAUAAUCCUUGAUUAUCUGGAAUCCCUGCCACAUACAUCUGUGUCUGAGCCAUUGAAUUGCGACUCCAUGUACUGUCAUUUUGCCUCAUUGAUUGCCUUACGGAGGUCAGAGCUGGUCUGUUUGUACUCGUCCAUGUUUCCAGUCACCUUGCCGUUGUUAAAUGCAGCGGUUCCCAAUUUCAUGCUGCCAUCUAUCCACAGUUUUUGGUUUGGAAAAGUUCUAGUCGUCACAGUGGGAACAACAUCCUUUAUGCAUUUCUUGAUGAACUCAGUCACCUAGUCAGUGUACACGUCAAUACUAUUAUCGGAGGGGACCCGGUACAUUUCCCAUUCCGUGGAAUCAAAACAAUAUUGAAGCAUAGAUUCCGAUUGGUCAGACCAACAUUGAACAGUCCUUACCACGGGUACUUCCUGUUUAAGGGAGGGAGGGCCUUUUAGCCAUCCUGGAAGGGAGAGUAGCAAUGAUCCAGAGUGUUUGAUGUGCAAGUAGCACAGAAGUGUUGAUCAAAUUUCGGUAGCGUUUUCCUCAGAUUUCCUUUAUUAAAGUCCCCAGCUACAAUAAAUGCGGCCUCAGGAUAUGCGGUUUCCAGUUUGGAAACAAAGUCCAGUGUAGUUCAUUGAGAGCCGUCGCAAUGUCGGCUUAGGGGGGAAUAUACACAGCAGUGAUCAUGACAGAUGGCUGUCCUUACACGCCUCCAGGCACAUUCCUCCAUGGUUGAAUCACCAGGACAGUACUAUCCCAAACAUAGCAUGCUGUCAGCACUGUGUUUGUAAGGGAAAAAAGCUCAACUUUUUGUGGUUAUUAGCUAAAGAAAUAAGUGUGAUUGGAUUACAUACUCAUCCAACUGUGAGAUUAGACCUAGUACCUGGAUAUAGAGUGUGUAAUACAGUCUAUCCUUUGUGUUGUUUUAAGUCUCUGUUCCGCUGAUGAGCCCUCCUCAAGCUUUUUCCACUUGUAUAAAUCUGAAGUGGAAAUGUUAAGUGUUUCCCUCAUCAGCAAUAUUACAUAGACUGGACAUAUGUAGUCCAUUAAACACUAGAGCUAGUGAUUCAACUGGGUGGUCUGCGGAGUGUGAUGGAGAUCAUGUUGAAUGCAGGACAGAAUGACAGAAAUGUCCAUGAAUUACAGUAGUAAAUUGCUGUGGAUUUUGCAGUGCUUUUAAACCACUGUUUUGUAGCAGGUUGUAUAGAUCUCUAAUGCAACACAUGUAGCCAUCUUUUAGAAGACUUUCAGCAGCUAUUCUGUCUGUCUCAUCCUGUGUGAUUUAAAGUGCAGAUUCAUCACUGGUCAAUGCUUUUACUAUGCAAUGGCUUGUUGUACAGAUGAGAACGCAUUUGGCAACAAUCCUCACAUAAACUUUUCUGUACCACUUUGGAAGGUCUCGACUGGGAGGGGCAUUACAUUCCUAAUCUCAAGCCUACAUUCCGGAAGCAAUGUUUGGAAUUUGUAGUGCCUAUCAUCAGACGAGCUUCUUGCCUGGAGUUGCUGCAUUUUGUCCUUCACUGUCAACUUGACCUCCUGUACUAUGAUGGCAUGAGCUCACCUGCAUAGUGUUACUGUGCCACAGAGCUAUGGGUUUACAAGAGAUCAGUUUACCCACUAACUAAUGUCACCUCAAUCAAGCCAACUCUCCUCAGACUGACUGCCUUCUCUGAGGUCCCCUUUGUACUGUAUGCUCUUAGCUUUAGCAUGACUUGGCUAGGUGAUUUGGCUAGGUCACUUGACUUGUUGUUUUGACUUGACUACAGGUUAGGCCCUUGUUUCUAACAUGGCUGGGUUUCAUCUUGGCUGCAGGUUAGGCCCUUGGAUCUAGCAUUACUGUGCUGUUGUAUCUUGGCUACAGGUUGGCAUGUUCAAGAUCCAUCCUGAGAUCCCAGAUUCCAUGUCAAUGGAGGCCAAGGCCUUUAUCCUACGCUGCUUUGAACCCGACCCCGACCAGAGGGCCACCGCCCUGCACCUGCUCACUGAUGAGUUUCUCACCGUCACCAGCCGCAAGAAGAGGGGCAAGAGCGGCUUUACAGCUCUGACACCAGGAGGUUCAGAGUACCUGCGCAGCAUCUCUCUGCCAGUGCCUGUGGUGGUGGAAGACACCAGCAGCAGCAGCGAGUACGGCUCCGUCUCCCCUGAGAACGACCUCAACACCAACCCCUUCAGCUUCAAGCCCAGCACCAAGUGUUACAGUGAUCGGGACGUCAAAGCAACCCGCUCCCUGUUCCUCAGUAUCCCAGUGGAGAACUUUGAGGACCACAGUGCUCCUCCGUCUCCUGAUGAGAAGGACUCUGGCUUCUUCAUGCUGAGGAAGGACAGCGAGAGGAGGGCCACUCUGCACUGCAUCCUCACUGAGGACAGAGACAAGGUGGUGUCCAACCUCAUGGAGGCUCUCAAACAGGGUUCUGAGACAUCGGACACUAAGUUGAGACAUCAGCAUAUCUCCACCCUGGUGGUCAGUCUGGGGGACUUUGUGCGCAUGGCGGACAGGAAGAUCAUAGCCAACACCCUCUCCCAGCUCAAACUGGAGCUAGACUUUGACAGCACGGCCAUUAGCCAACUACAAGUGGUGCUAUUUGGGUUCCAGGAUGCAGUAAACAAAGUACUACGAAACCACAACAUCAAGCCCCACUGGAUGUUCGCCCUGGACAAUAUCAUCCGUAAAGCGGUGCAGACUGCCAUCACCAUCCUGGUGCCAGAGCUAAUGCCCCACUUCAGCCUGGCGUCGGAGGAUGACCUGGCCGACCAGGAUAACGUUGACGAUGACGUGGAGCCUGAGGAUAACUCCGCCCAUCAGUGCAGAGCCCCCCCCAACACUGCCCAUGACAACACGGUCGCCACCUCCGGUGUGAGCACGCUCAGUUCCACCGUCUCACACAGAUCCCAUAAUGCCCAGUGCUCCGUCACCAUGGAACUAGGCAGGAUGAAGCUGGAAACCAACAAGCUGAUGGAGCAGUUGCUGGCGAGGGAGAGAGAGUACCAGGCUGUCCUCCAGCAUGUCCUGGAUGAGAGGGAACAGGAGAUCAAACUACUGAGGAUCCGCUCAGAACCCAUCGAUAUGCCUACAUCAUCUGUGAGCCAGAAGAGCCGGUCCACUGUGAGCCAUGGGGACCCAGAGCUGAUCAAGUGGCUGAGACUCCAUGGGGCUGACGAUGACUCCAUGGACAGGAUAUUGACCGAGGAUUACACUUUAGAUGACUUUCUCCAGUAUGUGAUGAGAGACGACCUGAAGAGUUUGGGAUUAAGAGGCGGGAUGCUGUGUAAGCUAUGGAAGGCCAUUACAGACUACAGACAGAAACCAGUGUGAGGAGCCCUCGUGUGGAGUUAGUUUCCUCCACAGUACAGGACCUUUACCACAAGCACAACAACAACAACUCAGUAUUCUCCUCAACACUCACCACUGCACUUUAAUCUCAGUAUUUAUCAGACCAAGACUCAGUCCUGAUGGGGGACAGUUCCAGUGUAGUUUAUCAUGUAUUGAGUAUUGACACAUGAGUUGUUUUUUGGAAAUUACUAUUUUCAAAUGGGGUUAAGUGCCACUGGUUUUAUAAUAUUCAACAGUUAUGACACCUGCGUCAAGAUUUACAGGGCAAACAGUGAAACAUAUCUGAGAAUUUAACCUUUAAAUGUUAUUUGGUUGUAGAAUUAUCUCCUUACUAUCAUGUGUUUACUAUCAUGAGAUUGACCAUUUUCUAAAACAAGCCUGAGAGACAAAAUACAACGUUAACUGAUGUGUUUGAGCCACUGUACAUUAUCUUGAUAAACAGCAUUGUUAUUGCUAGUGGCUUCGUAUCACUAUUUUAUUUAAAUGUGUUUUAUGGAUAUGCCCUGCUCUCAUUGCCAUCACUGCAUGCCUGCCCUUUUGUACUUGUUUGUUUAACUGGCAUUGAAGGCUUUGAAACAUCAUAACUCUUGACUUCAUUUGUUCAAGUAAUUUUUUUACGUCAUUUACAUAUGUUAGGUAUAUUUUGUGUUAUUUUUGGGGUAAAUUAUGUAAAUAUAUAGCACAUUUUAUUGACAGUAAAUUACUAUUUUCAGUGACACAAUUUACAAAUGGCUAGAUGUCCUAUCAAAUAUGUAAAGCAAAUUUGUGUUGGGGGGUUCACAGCAAAGCUGGUGCUGUUAUAAGCCUUCUCACUUAAACCCUCAUAUCUGCCGCCCAGUUUGACCUAGAGACUUUAAACUUUGUAAGUAGGCGUCUUUCCUCAUGCUGAACAAAUCUGCCUCAAGGACCCAUAAGGUGCGUCAGGAUAGAUUUUCCUCCAUCCUUGAAACUUAUUCACAUGAACCAUAGGACCAAAUUACACCAAAAUUAAUUUUUGUUGAAAUGUGUCCGUUUUGUUUCAUAUUCAUGAUAGAUUGAUGACAUUAUUUGUGCAAAAACAUAUUAUUGUGUAAACAAAAAUGUGUCUUGAAAACUUAACUGUGAAAUAAAGGGUAAACUGAAAUAAUGCUUCGGGACUAUUAUGGCCCUUACAUUUCUACAACUGAACACAAAUAAUGUGUCAUGGUUUUAAAAUGUUAACAGGUCUAGUAGCCAAAUAAUAUUAAAUACAUAUUCAGUUCUUCUUAAUCCUGCAGAUAUAUCUCUAUCAUAGGGAGAUGCAUAAAACCAAAGCUGACUGAAUGUGAAACAUCAUCCGUGACAUCAAUGCUAAGGGAUUGGUAAAAAGAUGGCUGAGUUAUUGAUAAAUCAGGAAAUCUGAUUUUACGUGUCCAUUUAAACAACUGUAGAUCCACUCCACAGUGGCCUAUCAACUUGAAACUUGUCAUCACUAUCAUGGACAUCCCUAACAUGAACCACACUGGAUUUGGUAUUGAUAUUUCAAAAAACAAGGAAACUAUUAACAACUCAUUCUUUGCAUAUGUAAUGCUAAUGCUCAAAAUCAUCUUCCCCUCAUGAACCAUAUGUCAGAUUAACUCCAGAUGUUGUAUUUAGACUCAUGGUUGCACAUAAAGGAUAGAUAGUUCCUACAUCACAGAGUGCUUGCUUUGUUACCCAACCGAUCUUGUUCUUUUUGUCAUCCUGUGAACCCUAUCCAUUGCUGCUCGCAGCCAUAUUUUAUAGAUUUUAUUGAUACUGGCAAUGGAACAAAAUGAUGAUGUAGGAGGACCCAAUUAAUAUUUUACUCUGUAAAAUGUGUGGAGUUUUAUUUAGCCUGCUUUCAUUUGUAGCCUAUAUAUUAUCUUUAAAAAUACAAAUGCUUUAAAUCAAAUGUAUAUGUUUGAAUGAAAAUCAUAACUGAAAACCCAUUUUCAUAUUGUUAUACCACCAACCUGUUCUUUUUUUAUUUAAAAUAUUUCUGUCAGAAAUACACGUUUUGUACGAAGGUUUCCGUUUGUUUCAUAUUCAUGAUAGAUGUAUUACUUUAUUUGUGCAAUAACAUAUUGUUGUGUAACACAAUGUGAAAUAAAGUGUCAGCUGAAAUAAUGAA